AACAAGGAAAACGUCAAGAAGACCUGUGCCUUUAAGAUGCAGUUGCUAUCCAAACACAAGUAAACAGAGCGGACCAUUAGCGAGAAAAGGGAGGAGGAGGAGGAGCUGGAGGCGGACUCCGAACUUGACAACCCCAGAACGUUCCGGGGGUAGGCGGGGCGGAACGCUCAGGCAGCGAACAUUCGAAUGUGUGCAGCUCUGGGUGGGACAGCGGGCGGGGACUGCGAGUUCUACGCCACUUAACUGCUGAAAUGUGAUGGACCGGGGAGGGGAAGGCUCAGACUUUAUCCAACUUCGAAAGAGUUGAAGGCGCAAAAGCUCCGAAGAAGAGCGUGAUUGAAGCAAGAUCUCCUCCGAGUGACCACAGCCAACCAGCACUUUUUUCUUUCUUUCUUUUACGCUUUCGCUUCGGGAGAUUCAAGACAAGAAUCCUCCUUGCUCCGCCAUCCCUGAACGGCUCCUUUUCCUCCAUAUAAUGUCCAAGGCUCCCGGGACUCAGCUGGGAAAGAACUUGCAGAACUUCUGACGGACGGACUGCUCCGCCAGUCCGGUGUGGAUCUAAUGACAACGCAAGGAUACGCGCGGCUCUCGGCUAGAACUUUGCAUUAGGAAGGGCGGCUCUUUCUGCUGGAGACCCUUUCGGCUGGAGGGUCUUAACUUCUUGGUGUCCGACUCUUUGGGUUUGCCUCCGAGUGUGCGCUGUGAGCCCCUAGUCCUGGAAGAAAGGGGCAGAACCCUCUGCACCCACCGAGCCCGGAAGAUGGGGAGCAAGGCUCUGCCGGCGCCAAUCCCUCUCCACCCCUCACUGCAGCUCACCAAUUACUCCUUCCUCCAGGCCGUGAACACCUUUCCGGCUGCUGUGGACCACUUGCAGGGCCUGUACGGGCUCAGUGCAGUGCAGACCAUGCACAUGAACCACUGGACGCUGGGUUACCCCAAUAUGCACGAGAUCACCCGUUCCACCAUCACCGAGAUGGCUGCAGCGCAGGGCCUAGUGGAUGCCCGUUUCCCCUUCCCAGCCCUGCCCUUUGCCACCCACCUCUUCCACCCCAAACAGGGGGCCAUCGCCCACGUCCUCCCUGCCCUGCACAAGGACCGGCCCCGGUUUGACUUUGCCAACCUGGCAGUGGCUGCCACGCAGGAGGACCCCCCCAAGAUGGACCUGACCAAGCUGAGCCCAGGCCUAGGUAGUCCCAUCUCGGGCAUCAGCAAAUUGACUCCGGACAGAAAACCCUCGCGGGGGAGGUUGCCUUCCAAAACGAAAAAAGAAUUUAUCUGCAAGUUCUGUGGCAGGCACUUUACCAAAUCUUACAACUUGCUCAUUCACGAGAGAACCCACACAGACGAGAGACCUUACACUUGCGACAUCUGCCACAAGGCCUUCCGGAGGCAAGAUCACCUGAGGGAUCACAGGUAUAUCCAUUCCAAAGAAAAACCCUUCAAAUGUCAGGAAUGUGGGAAAGGAUUUUGUCAGUCUAGAACUCUGGCGGUUCACAAAACUUUACACAUGCAGGAAUCUCCACACAAAUGCCCCACAUGUGGAAGAACCUUUAAUCAGAGAAGUAAUCUGAAAACUCACCUUCUCACCCAUACAGACAUCAAGCCCUACAACUGCGAGCAGUGCGGCAAAGUGUUCAGGCGAAACUGUGAUCUGCGGCGGCACAGCCUGACCCACACCCCGCGGCAGGACUUCUAGAGAAGCCAAGCAUCUGGUCCCUCUCCCCAUUCCUGCUUGGUUCCCCCUGCCAGGCCCUCCUCGGGCCGACCUGUCCCCGACCGACCCUAAUUCGCCCCCUGCAGCUGCACCUGCAGCUCCAAGGAGCUAAUAACUCUUCUGGCGGACUCAAACGAUAGAAAGCCAUACAGACACAGACACACAGACACACAGACACACACACACACACACACACAGACACACAGACACACACACACACCUACACACAAAGAGCGUAUGCUAGCCUCUUGUAGAUAUUCACAGCUCAUUUUAGAGCUCUGUACAUAAAUGUCGUGAGGGGGGGUUGUUCCGUGGUUUCGUGGGGUUUUUGUUUGUGCAGUUGUGUUUUUUUUUGGGGGGGGGAUAUCUUGUCAAAUGCACCUGGACAAGGAAAAUAGAAGUCAAAUUUAUCUUUAAGAACUGUAUUUCAAAAUAAAACAUUUUUUUUCCAA